AUUAUUAUUAAAGCGUAAACUUACAAAGCGAAGAAGUGACAAAAAAUGUUGUAAGUUCAAGUCCAAGAUAAGUGUUUGGUUCUUACCUGUUUGGUGAAGAAAAAUUUGGUUCUGCAGGUUAGCAUAAUUUGAAUUCGUAAUCUUUCUGGCAGUUGCAAUCAACGGUUACUAGUUAUUCUGGCGAGAAUAUACGAUGCCUGAAGUAUCUAUUCGGACAUGCAGCAUUUUUUGACAUUCGAAGUACUGCAUUGAUUUCGCUGGUAUUUCAAGAUAGGAGUCAGUUAUUUUUGUGGAUUCGGAAGUUGUGGCGCUGUAUCCGUGGACGGUGGAUUCUUUCGCAUUUGAUUUGGAGCCACUUCCAUCAUGCCAGCCGAUAGCUCACGUCGUCGGUUUAACGAAGAAGAACUAGAUCGUCGUGAUCGCGACAGGAAAAGACCGUUGCGUCGCAGUCGAAGCAGAUCGCCCGACCGAAAACGCCGCCGAAGUCGUUCGCGUUCUCCAAUCAGAGACCGCGCGGAUUACAGGAGAACGCGCGAUGAGCGUUCCCGCUCACCACGCGACAGGAGGGAGCGGGAACGGGAGCGAGACAGCGAUCGCGGAAAAGACAGAGGUCCUCCCCCGGAAAAACCAGUAAAUCGUCACGCUAGCGAGGAAAAGCUGGUAUUUUCCGGAACGUCGGGAAUCGCCAUGGAUGAUGACGAAGAAGCCAUGGUGGCUAUGAUGGGCUUCACUUCCUUUGACUCGACGAAGGGGAAAAAAGUGGAGGGAAACGACACGGGAAUGGCGGCGGUGGCAGUCAAGCGCAAAUAUCGCCAGUACAUGAAUCGGCGGGGAGGCUUCAAUCGACCACUGGAUCCUGUGCAUUAAAGGCCUAAGCCGCGUCGAAAGCACAAUUGUAGAUUACUGAGUUUGCGGGAAAUCAAAUCACUACAAGUCCCGAAAGUAGAAGUAGCACACUUUUAUCUAAGGAAUGAAUGGUACAUGUAAAUUCUUUUGUUGUGUAUGGUUGUGUAUGCAGGUGAAGUUAUUAACAACAUCCUUUGUGGUUAUUCCUUAUGGUUAGCCAGUUUCAUUCUUACACAUGUGCUCGCAUUACUUAUCAUACGCCUGCCAGUCUCAGUUUUGUUUUCUUGUACAGGACAGUUGUUGGCGUUUAUCCAUUCUAGCUGACUUUGGCUUUCUGUUGGGUUCCUAUAUUAAUAAAUUAAGCACGAG